UCAAACAUCGAUUUCAGUUCCAGCUCUAUUUUUUGUGCAAUUAUUUAUUAAAAAUAAGCAACGACACGACGUGUGACAACGAACCACGAAGGCAACGAAAUGGCAACGCGCGGCGGUCCAAUGGUCGCGGGCACCGACGGCAACGACUUCGAGUUCAGGCAGCGCGUAGCUGGCACAUAUCAAAUUAGCCUGCUGAACAAGUCCAGGUUGAAGUUCUGCAUCUUCUUUCACGCCCUGCUCUUCUUCGUGAUGCUGGCCAAGCUCACGUCGGACAUCCUGGACCGCCUGGACAUCUUCGUGCUGGAGAUCGAGGAGCUGGAGGUGCCGCCUCCGCUGUGGUGGGAGUACGUGUGGGCCGGGUCGCUGCUCACCAGCUUCCUGGGCCUCUCGGCCGCCCGGGGCAACAAGGUGCGCGAGAUGCAGAAGUACAUGGUGGCCAUCCUGCUGUUCGCCAUCCUGCCGCUGUUCUACUGCUUCGCCUACUACUUCUCGGACGUGUGGGAGUUCGCCACGCUGGACAAGUCCGUGGAGCUGGACGAGACGGACAUUUUUGUGUGGCGCGGCUAUCCGUACGGGGUGUUCUGGUACGCCUUCUGCUUCGUAGGCUUCCAGGUGCACGGAUUCACGCUGUACUUCGCCUACAACCUGGUCAAGGCCUGGAAGGCCAGAACUGCCACGCGCAAGUUCCAGUAAUCUAAAUACUCGCCAAACUAGUAAACGUCGGAGAGCAGGGCUAGUUGUAAAUAAUUUGGAAACUUGAAACUAACUCGAAACACUAGUGCACAAGAGCGUAAUGAAACUAUGGUAAAUCUAAAGUUAUGCAGCUGUUAAGGUAUCGCACACUUAGUCGUACAGGAAGGGAAAACAUAUGGUCGAAACUAAACGAAGCGUCGGCGUUAAAGUUAUUGUUAGUUGAAAGUUAAACCGUUCAAAAUGAUUAAAUAGACUCUUAUCCAUAUACACAUAUAUAUACACACACGCAGCCUUGUGAGGUCAACUAAAGACAAGAAGCAACUGAAGCCACCAAAUUUCCCCGAGUCGGAAUAAAAACCAAAAACCAACCUAAA